GAGUGGCAUACCACCCAGGCAGCUAGACAGACCUUGGGAAAAAAGAUAGGAGCCAAUAAGCUCUUAGUUUCCGAAAACGUGCCUCAAGCUAAAAAGCAAUUUAAAUAACACCAGAGAAACUUUCGGGACCUUAUCAGCUUCUUGACAGAUUCGAACAUCCCACUGCUAAUCAAAGCAUGGCUAUUCUUUUUAGAAAUUAGUUCAAAAACAGCAUUCACUGAGUACGGAUGCUAAAAAAUAUAAUCUCUAACAAAAAUGUUGCUGAAAUAUUUUCCAUUACUUUUCUUGGCCCAGAUUUUAAUAGUGGCAGCGAAACCAACUCAUCCAGUGCCGUCGAAUUCCGAUGAUCCGAGGAGGAGACAAGCCGAGGAGGAGACAGUCAAUCUAUGCAACUCCCUGAUGCGUUCUCAGAUAACUUUUUUCACGGAAGUAAAGGCCCAACUCAAUCCGCAGACGAAGCGAUCCCAGGAUAUCAGUCUUUAUCUGACGCAGUUAAACGCACUCAUUGCAGAGGACGAUCUACAAAAAAAGGGUCAAAUGAUUCAGAACAUUUCAGAAGAGUUCCAAGGAUCCCCCUUACUGCUAAACAACGAAUCUGAGACCGGUCUCAGCGACAAUCAAUACGAGGACCUGCUUCGCGGUCAAAAACUAAAUGAAAUGAAAACUAAGAUGAAAGCUGAUUUCACUGAUUAUUUCUGGAAAAUGACCAAGCUCACCUUAAGAAUCUUUGGUUAAGGCAUAUCGGAUUUCAAACCUUAAGUUCCAAUAAACACUGUUAAAUUGAUCAAAUGGUAUAUUUUAUUUUGCAUAAUAAUUAAAAAUGCAACGACCAAAAUGUAUUUAUAAAGCAACACCAAGCUUACUUGACACACUUUGUAUCAAAAUUUCCA